GCUAAUCUGGUGGGCACAAGCUGGGGGUCGGAGGAUAGCCUUUCGGUGGCCAGCGACCCCUACGGCAGCGCCUUCAGCCUGUACCGAGGACGGGCGCUCUCGCUCCACGUCAGCAUCCCCCAAGGGGGCUACCGGAGAGAUGACCCCCACGGUGGCCCCGUCUCUCCAAAGCCCGGCGCCGAGCCCCCAAGAUCCCCUGCGGCCCUGCCGCUGACCGCCAACGCGGGCAGGGAGCCGGAGAAACAGCAGCUGAAGGUGUCAGAGAAGAAAGACAGCGUCCGGACCGCUCAGGAAGGCAGGAGCACGCGGAGCAAGGGGAAGGGGCGCCGAGCCAGGCCCACCUCUCCAGAGCUAGAGUCCUCCGACGACUCCUACGUCUCAGCUGGCGAAGACCCCCUGGAAGCGCCCAUCUUUGAGAUCCCCAUUCAGGACACAGCGGUGGCUGUGGGCACAGAGGUGCUGCUCAAGUGCAUCGUCACGGCCAACCCCCAGCCGGAAGCCCCCGCCGUGGAGAGGCAUGGGAACUUGGCCCCCCCGCUCGGCCAGGUCAGCCCCAUCACGUCAGACGAGGAGUACCUGAGCCCACUGGAAGAGUUCCCCGAGUCCGGGACCCCCCAGCACCGGCCGGCCAUGAAGCUGCAGCCUAGAGCAGAGCAUGGGGCUGCCCGCGGCUCCCCAGAGACCACCUUCAAGGCUGCACCCACCUUUGAGGUGGCCCUGUUGGACCAGUCAGUGCUAGAGGGGCAGGAUGUCAGCAUGAGUGUCCGCGUCCGUGGGGAGCCCAAGCCCAUCAUUUCCUGGCUGAGGAACCGGCAGCCAGUGAAGUACGGACGCCGGCACCAUGCCGAGGAGGCAGAGGGGGCCAGGGGGCUCUUCGUGCUGCACAUCCUGGCGGCGGAGCGCACCGACACUGGCUUCUACACCUGCAAGGCUGUCAACGAGUAUGGCACGAAGCAGUGCGAGGCCAAGCUGGAGGUCAGAGGUAAAGCUCCUAACGCGUCGCCCUGGCCACGAGAGGCUGAUGAGCUGACCUGCAGCGCCCGGCUGACGGUGCGGCCCUCUGUCCAGCCGCUCUUCACCCGCAAGCUGGAGGACGUGGAUGUGAUGGAAGGGCGGACAGCACAUUUUGACUGCAUGAUCAGCGGGACUCCCCCACCGACAGUCACCUGGACCCACUUUGGGCAGCCAGUGCAGGAAGGGGAGAAUGUGCGGAUUCAGCGGGACGGGGGGCUGUACUCGCUGGUCAUCGUGCAUGUGGGCAGCGAGGACGAGGGACACUACACGGUCACCGCCAGGAACGCCCACGGCCACGUGGAGUGCUCUGCCGAGCUCUACGUGGAGGAACCACGGCCAUCUGCUGCUUCCCAGAUCUCUAAGCUGGAGAAGAUGCCAUCCAUCCCAGAGGAGCCAGAGCAGGCGGAAAACGAGGUGGAGUGCUUCACCAUGCCAGACUUCCUCAAGCCGCUGCACAACCUGGACGUGGUGGAGUCCAAGGAGGCAGUGCUGGAGUGCCAGGUGGCCGGGCUGCCCUACCCCUCCAUCACCUGGUUCCACAACGGCUCCCGCAUCGACAGCACCGACGACCGCAAGAUGAUGCAGUAUAAGGAUAUCCAUCGCUUGGUGUUCACGGCUGUCAGCCAUGCACAUGCCGGCGUCUAUAAAAGUGUCAUUGCCAACAAAGUAGGGAAGGCCACGUGCUACGCCCACCUCUAUGUCACAGAUGUGGUGCCGACCCCUCCAGACGGGCCACCCACUGUGGCCUCGGUGACAGGUAGAUGCAUCACGCUGACAUGGAACAAGCCCAAGUGGCUGGACACGGCCAUAGACCCUGCCUCGGUGACCUAUGUGGUACAAAUGCAAGUGCUGGGCACGACGCAGUGGAUGGUGCUGGCUGCUGGCCUGCGGGACACCACCUACACAGUGCACAAGCUCACCAAGGGUGCCCAGUACCUCUUCCGUGUCAUCACUGCCACCCCCAAGACCAACAGCAAGCCCUCCCCGCCUGUGGGGCCCAUGCAGCUCCUGGAUCGGGGUCCCUACCUGGAGGAGGCCCCAGUCAUCCUGGACAAGCCAGACUUGGUGUAUGUGGUGGAGGGCCAGCUGGCCUCCAUCACCAUCACCAUCAACCACGUGGAGGCCGCCGUCACCUGGAAGAGGGGUGGGGUGGUGCUGGCAGAACAGCAGGGCGCAUGCGAGGUGAUGAUGCCAGACGACGACCAGCACUGCCUGCGGCUGCUGCAGGUGGGCCGCGGAGCCGUGGGGCCGCUCACCUGCGAGGUGAGCAACCGUCACGGCACCACCAACUGCACCCUCCGCCUCUGCCUUGCAGAGGCGCCACGCUUUGAGUCCAUCAUGGAGGACAUCGAUGCCCAGGAAGGCGAAACGCCACGCUUUGGCGUGGUGGUGGAGGGCAAACCACUGCCGGACAUCAUGUGGUAUAAGGAUGGAGAGCUGCUGGAGGAGAGCAGCCACCUGAGUUUUGUGUACGAGGACAACGAGUGCUCCCUGGUGGUCCUGGGCGCAGCCGAGCCUGACAGUGGGGUCUACACCUGCACGGCCAGGAACCUCGCUGGGGAGGUGUCCUGCAAGGCUGAGCUUGUGGUGCGCACAGCCCAGCCUGCUGCUGAUGCCACGAUGGAGGAGGAUGGUCUACACAAGGCACGACGCCUGACUGACUACUACGAUGUGCAUGAGGAGAUUGGGAGGGGAGCCUUCUCCUACCUGCGGAGGGUGACGGAGAAGAGCAGCCGACUGGACUUUGCUGCCAAGUUUGUCCCUGGGAGGACCAAGGCCAAGCAGUCGGCGCGCCGGGAGCUGCACAUCCUCUCGCAGCUCGACCACGAGCGUAUUGUCUUCUUCCACGACGCCUUCGAGAAGAAGAACGCCGUCAUCAUGGUCAUGGAGCUCUGCGCCGAGGAUGAGCUGCUGGACAGGAUGGCGAGGAAGCCUUCAGUUUGUGAGUCCGAGGUCCGGUCCUACAUGCGGCAGGUCUUGGAGGGGAUCUGCUACCUGCAUCAGCAAAAAGUCCUGCACCUGGACAUCAAACCAGAAAACCUCCUGAUGGCGGAUUCGAGCAGUGAGCAGGUCCGGAUCUGCGACUUCGGCAAUGCGCAGGAGCUGACUCCAGACGAGCCGCAGUACUGCAAGUACGGCACCCCCGAGUUCGUGGGUCCUGAGAUCGUCAAUCAGAGCCCCGUCUCCAGUGUCACCGACGUCUGGCCUGUGGGGGUCAUCGCCUACCUAUGCCUCACAGGGAUCUCCCCCUUUGUGGGCGAGAAUGACAAGACCACACUGAUGAACAUCCGCAAUUACAACGUGGCCUUCGAGGAGAGGAUGUUCCAAGGACUCACACGAGAAGCCAAGGGUUUUGUCAUCAAAGUGCUGGUCAACGACAGGCUGAGACCCAAUGCAGAGCAGACCCUGGAGCACCCCUGGUUCAAAACUCUGGCCAAGGGGAAGGUCAUCAGCACUGACCACCUAAAGCUCUUCCUCUCCCGUCGGAAAUGGCAGCGCUCGCAGAUCAGCUACAAGUGCAAUAUGGUGCUGCGGCCGAUCCCUGAGCUGCUGGAGGACACGUCCAACCACCUGUCCAUCGCAGUGCCCCGGCACCUCAAGGAGUCUCCAGCUCUGUCAUCCUCCUCAGACUCGGAUGACUUGGACGAGCUCCCCUUCAUCCCCAUGCCGCACCAGGUGGAGUUCUCCGGCUCCCGCAUGUCACUCAAUGAGAUCCCCACGGACGAUGAGGCCAUGGGGCCAGCUGAAGGACCACGGGAGGAGGCGGCCGUGCCAGGGGAGGUGUCCGCCAUGGAGUGGCAGAGCGAGGGCACAGGGAAGCCAGUGGUGGCCCUGGGAAAGAGGCCAAGGGGUGCAGUGCCACGGCGGCCCUACGCGGAGGCAGAGGCACCCGGCUCCUCCGAUGAGGAAGCCCCGGAGGCCCAGAAGCGGCCAGAGCAUCCCCGCAAAGCUGUGAGGAAAGGCUCCAGCCUGGAGUCCCCGGAAAGCACCCGCAGGGCGGCCCAGAGGGGCGAGCUGAAGCGAGGCAGCUCCGCGGCCCACGGGAGGGGGCGUGUGCCUGAGGACCGGGGCCAGUCCGGAGCCAGAGUGGCUGCGGCUGCUGCGGGGAAGAAGGCUGCAGCCGAGGGGCAUGAGGGGAAGGUGCCUGCCACGGCUGAAGCCACCAGAGCCAGCAAGGAGCCGGGGGAGGGACCUACUGGGACGAGAGCAUCCACACCGCAGCAGGUAGGGCCCUCUACUCCCAGUGCCCGAGCCCCCAAGAUGUCUUCCUAUGCGGAGGUCAUGCAAGCCAUGGGAAGCACACGAGUGGGGGAGCCAACCGCCAAGGAAGCCCCCAAGCCUGCUGUGCCUGCCCCUGCUGAGCCCCCAGCACCAGCACCUACAGAGAGGAAGGAGGCAAAGCCCACAGGCUCCUCCAGCUCCCUACUCAUUGAGGACAUUGACUCGGAGGAGGUCUUCGAGGCCAAGUUCAAGCGGAGCCGGGAAUCGUCCCUCAGCCGUGGGCUGAAGCUCCUCACCCGCUCGCGCUCUGAGGACCGGCACUUGGCCAGCCCCUCGUCCCGUGAUGAGGGCAUCUACCGGCCUACACCAGCUGGUGUGCCCCUGGAGCUGUGCAAGGGCCGUCCCACUGCCUUGGCAGAAAAGUCCAAGUCAGUGCAGGACCUGCAUGAGGCGGAGAAGGAUGGUGGCUUCAUCCGGAGAAUGAGUCUGCGCCUAAAGCGGACACCGCCUGUGGAGAGGAAGAAGACCAAGGGGGAAGAAGGAGGAGGAGAAACCCCGACACGUGGGCGGCGUUUCUCCUGGAGCCUGGGCUUGGGUAGCUCCAAGGAGCGCAGGGACUCGGAGAGCCUGAAGUCAGAGACGGGUGCUGGCGAGAGCGAGUCGCCAGUGGUGGCUGUGCGGAGGAAGAUCAGUGCCACCAUGGACCGGGUCUCCUCACGGCUGCGCAGCCUCUCGGACGAGCGGCCAGAGGAUGAGGGGGCCAAGGAGCAUCCAGAGAAAUGCCUCUCCCUGCUUCGUCGGGCCAAUUCAGAAGGGGAGAGCCUGCGGCAGGUGGGGGUCGCAGCGCAGAAUCAGGUGGGCCCCCACCCAGCACUCGCACCCUCCUCUGAGUCCCUGCAGUCGGAGGGCAGCACCCGCUCCUCCGCCUCUGCAAAAGGUGCCAGUGAGAGCCAGAAGCGGUCCCGCUGGGAGCGCUGGGGCCUGUCCCGGCCCAAGAAGAAGGUGGCCUCACAGCCCAACAUCCCGUCCAGCCUGCAGCAGGAGGAUGGCUUCACUGCGGGCCGGCAGCACCUGCACAGCGAGUCUGAUUUCCCCCCUGUUUUCCACAUCAAGCUGAAGGACCAGGUGCUGUUGGAGGGUGACGCGUUGACCCUCUGCUGCCUGCCCGCUGGCAGCCCGACCCCCAGGAUCGUCUGGAUGAAAGACAAGCGGUCACUGCAGUCAGACAACGUGCUAAACAUCGUCUCCUGCAAGGACGGCCGCCAGAUGCUCACCAUCUCCAAGGUCUCCAGGAAGGACGCAGGGCUGUAUGAGUGUGCAGCCGCCAACACCCUAGGCACAGCCAUCAGCUCCUGCACACUGGCUGUGGCACGACUUCCCGGGAGGCCAGGCACCCCGGAGAUCCCCCAGAAGUACAAGAACACGGUGCUGGUGCUCUGGAAGCCUGCAGAGAGCAAAGCUCCCUGCACCUACACGCUGGAGUGCAAGCUGGACGGAGAGCACGAGUGGAAAACUGUCAGCACAGGCAUCGCCGACUGCUACUUCAACGUGACAGAGCUGCCCCCCGGGAGCACCGCCAAGUUUCGGGUGGCCUGUGUCAACAAGGCUGGGCAGGGCCCCUACAGCAACCCCUCGGGCAAGGUGCACCUCGAGGCAGCAGACUCCCGAGCUGCCCCGGCCAAGAAGGACCCCUCCCACUGGGCCAGCGUGUGGGUGGCAGUGUCCCACACAUGGGGGCUGAGCGCUGCCCUGUGCCGCAGGGGCCGGUUUGGCGUGAUCCGGUUGUGCAAGGAGAACGCCACGGGGAAGCACUUCAUGGCCAAGAUCGUGCCGUACGAGGCAGAGAGGAAGCAGAGCGUGCUGCAGGAGUACGAGAUCCUCAAGGCGCUCCACCACGAGCGCAUCAUGGCCUUGCACGAGGCGUACAUCACCCCCCGCUACCUGGUGCUCAUCUGCGAAAACUGCAUGGGCAAGGAGAUCCUCUACAGCAUCGUGGACAGGUUUCGCUACUCGGAGGACGACGUGGUGAGCUACGUGCUGCAGCUGCUGCAGGGCCUCGAGUACCUGCACAGCCGCCGCAUCGUGCACCUCGACAUCAAGCCAGACAACGUCGUCGUGUCAGGCAUGAACGCUCUCAAGAUCAUCGACUUCGGCAGUGCCCAGACCUACAACCCCCUCGUGCUGCGGCAGCUGGGGCGGCGCGUGGGCACCCUGGAGUACAUGUCACCAGAAGUGGUGAAGGGUGACCCUGUGGGCUCUGCAGCGGAUGUCUGGGGUGUUGGCGUCCUCACCUACAUCAUGCUCAGCGGGCGGUCACCGUUCUUUGAACUGGACCCAAUCGAGACAGAGAACCGCAUCCUGGCAGGGCGCUUUGAUGCCUUCAAGCUCUACCCCAACGUCUCGCAGAGUGCUGCCCUCUUCAUCCGCAAGGUCCUCUCCGUCCACCCCUGGAGCCGCCCCACGGUGAAGGACUGCUUCGCCAACGCCUGGCUCCAGGACGCCUACCUGAUGAAGCUGCGCCGCCAGACCCUCACCUUCACCCGCUUCCUGGGGUCGGCACAGCAGGAGUUCAAGAUCCCCAUCAGGUAUCUCCAGGAGUAUGCAGCACUGGGCACGGGUGGUGGCAUCUAUCACUUUCGGGACCAGAUCCUGUCAGGUGGUCCUGAGGCCUUCUUUGUCCUCAACGCAGAUGUGUGCUCCGAGUUCCCCUUGCAGGAGAUGCUGGACUUCCGGCAGCAGCACGGCGACAUGCACAGCUUUGUCAUUUUGGGCACUACGGCCAACAGGACGCAGGCCCUGAACUAUGGCUGCAUUGUGGCUAACACGGACACGCACGAGGUCCUGCACUAUGUCGAGAAGCCCAGCACGUUUGUCAGUGAGAUUAUUAACUGUGGUAUCUACCUGUUCACACCUGCAAUCUUCCAGCACAUCGGCGAUGUCUUCCAGAGGAACCAGCAGGAGCUAGUGCUCUGCCCUUACCUUGGAGAGGAGGGCUCCAAUGGCUGGCAGCGUGCAGAAGUGAUCCGGCUCGAGCAGGACGUUUUCACAGCACUGGCUGGGAGUGGCAAACUUUACGUCUACAAAACUGAUGGCUUCUGGAGCCAGAUCAAAUCAGCUGGCUCUGCCAUCUAUGCCAGCCGCCUUUACCUGAACCAGUACAGCCAGUGCCACCCAGAAAGGCUGGCCCAGAACAAACCUGGAGGCCCUGUCAUCCGAGGAAACGUGUACAUUCACCCAACAGCCUCUAUCGACAGCACUGCAGUGCUGGGCCCCAACGUCUCUAUUGGGAAGGGGGUGACAGUGGGAGCUGGCGUGCGUGUGCGCGAGUCCAUUGUCCUGCAUGGGGCCUCACUGCAUGAUCACACCUGCGUCCUCAAUACCAUUGUGGGCUGGGACAGCACCAUUGGGCGCUGGGCCCGGGUCGAGGGAACACCUAGCGACCCCAACCCCAAUGAUCCCUAUGCUAAGAUUGACAGCGAGACCCUCUUCCGGGAUGGACGGCUCACACCUUCCAUCACAAUCCUGGGCUGCAGUGUCACCAUCCCUGCUGAGGUGGUCAUCCUCAAUUCCAUCGUCCUUCCCCACAAGGAGCUGAGCCGCAGCUACAAGAACCAGAUUAUCCUGUGAGUUAGCCACUUGCCAGGUUGGGACUGCCAGUGCUGGCCCACAGCUCCCUGCCAUGCCCCACAGAAGAGGGUUUUGCUUCCUGGGAGAUUCCCAGCUCGUCCCCGGAGUGGCAAAUGCAGGCCAGGAAUCCUCCAAGUGCCUGAUUCCUUCUCCAGCCAGACAUUAAAGCUGGUGAGCAUCAGCCUUGUGUGCUGCUUCCCUUGCAGCCCAGGGGCCUGCCCUGGGGCAGGGUGAAGGCUUUGGGGACAGCACACUGCCCUGCAGGGCAGGGCACCAGGCUGGCUGCUGUGCACCUGUAUAGGGAGCCCUGAGCUGAAGCUGCUGGGUGGAGCACUUGCUGCCUGCAGCAUUCUAGGUCCUAUGAGCUUUGGCUGUUUCUCCCCUAAAGGGCACUGCCAGCACCCACUGCCCUUCUGCAGGGGCAGCCUUCCCCUCUACGAGGCUGUUGUAAAGAGCCUGAUUUAAGCAGCAUGAGUGCAACAGCUCGAAGCUGGCUCCUGCCUACUGCUGGGCCCCAGUGGCCCAGUGAAAACUGAGAGCAGGCCAAGGGUGUCCCAAGGGCACUGGUACCAGAGUGCUGAGUUGGACGCACAGGCGCUCUGAGAGCUCUGCUGGCCUUGGAGGGAGCUGCAAAGGCUCUGAGGGUUCAGACACCUCAUUGGUCCAGCUCAGAUGUCGUUGUAGCCACCCUCUGCUUGGGUGCUGGUGUAGAGCACCCAUUCUCCAGGAACCCCUACAUCUCCAAGGGCUCAAUCUGAGCCAGAGAAGCUGCCAGCCCUGCAGGGUAUGUUCCCAUCAGGCGCAGACCUGUGCAGACUGCCUGCACAGAGCUCUGGGUGACAGCAGCAGGCCCCUGCCCCACUGGAAGGCCAACAACCUCCUUCCCACCAGCAUGGUUGUAGUUUGGGAGCUUGCUGCAUGUCUCCCCUUGCACCAGUCCUGCUUUCAGUCUCCCACAUCCACAGGGCACCUGAGCAAUCAUCUUAAAUAUGUGCAGGUGGCAGAGAUCUACCACCUUGCCUGCAUCUUGAGAAACCUGUUCUUUUAUCAAAGGAAAGUCCCUGCUUAGCCCAGCACACUCCCACUACAGUAACCAGUGUUGCUGUUUAUCCAUUUAUCUGCAUCUUCUCCUCUUGUCAGGGAGGGCUGUGCUAAAGCACCACCCACAUUGUGCUCUGCUGGCUGAGGACCCCCAUCACACCUCUCACCUUCAACUAGGCACUGCAUUAGGGAUUUUUACAUCCAUCCAGUACCACCCAAGCUUGAUGGAUUUGCAGUAAAUCCUUGCUCCCAGCCCUGCACAUUCCUGUGCCAGUUCUUCUGUGGUCCGGGGGUGGGGAGGAUUAGCUGUUCCCUAACUUUAAGCACAUUAAACUCCUUUGGUUUUGCCUCUGCCUUGGA